AUGUUUUCCCAGCAGUAUCUUGCGACGCCUCUAAACACUUCGAUACAGAGUGCGACUGCAGCCGAAACUUUUCAGACCACUACUGCGUUGGCGGAAAUACUGGUUGAUUCGAUGUCAGUGGUCGACCUACUGGCGGCACACCAGAUAUGUGCGUAUCUGGGAGGUCGAAUCGCGAUGAAGUUGGCAGAAAAGGCUCAAGUAUUUGGAACAACGCAGUCACAAGCUGAUGAGAGACGAACCCCUUCUUCAGGCACUCAAACCAAACCUUCACAAAGAUCCCAAGCCACACAACUAACCAAGCUGAUCCGAACACCAUCGCCGCAGUGCAACACAAGAGAUAGUCCUUCCGUCCGUCGUUCAAGCAACUCGAAAGGUCAAGAUCCGAUGAAUCGUGAAACAACUGCGAACGACGAUGGAUCAGAGAUCUUUCAAGCACAAAUGACCCAUCCAAUGGAGGUGCGAUGUAAACAGGAGAGUCCAGAAAGGACCGAUGAAUACAACGCAACGUCAGAUAUUGCAAACGCCGGCGGAGAGAGAUCACCUAGCACAAAGUCGUUCCAAGUGGACACAUGGGCGGUGGAAUGCACACAAAACGGAGCAUUGGAUCUAACCAUGCCACGUGUAACAGCAGGGAAUUCAAGCACAAACGCGAGUUGCGGUGGCAUGAAUAUCUCCUCGUUGCGUCCAAAGUUACCGAGAAUCGAACCACGUCCGAGCAUCCAUGGAGUUCAGCACGAUGCCAGUGAACCACAUGUGGCUACACUUUUAGUAAAUGGAGAAAGUAACCGCAGACUUGGAAUCAGAAAGCACAGGCGAGUUCAUCUGUGGGAGUCGAACAGUCACCCAGCAACGGCGAGAACUAUUCCAGUGGCCGAAUUCCCCCUCAACAGUAGUAAACCUACCCAAUGCAAACAGAAAUGUUCCACAUGCCAAAUGGAAUUCAGUGAAGCAGUUGCCUUUGUAAGACACAUCCAACAAGUUCACAUUGGACUGAAUGUGGAUCAAAUAUCACACAGGGGAGCAAGCUUCAAUCGCAACUGGCCGGCACCCACAACAGUGAACCACGCAUAUGAUAGCACAUUUGACUUUCACGAGGAACCCCUGAACACAGCAGAACACGGAUGGCCAAUGAGCUGUACUGCCUCGACUUCCGCUUCGCCUUCGUCCUGUGGAAUUUCCCUGGGAUACUGA